AUGCGUGUCUGUCGCACGCUUUUAUCCCUUGUUAAGGCGGCACCCCUGUUGUUAUCCUCAACCACGACAACUACUAGCGUUAUUGGCUCGGUUGUGGAGCGCUCGUUCAUGCGGAACCUUAUCCCUUUCCGUCUCAUCGCAACCGGUUCGAUGGCGUCUGUGCUUAGGCAUAUUUUCCUCCAGCACGAGCCCCUUAUUGCGUUAUUCUUCGGCUCACUGGAGCAUGUGCCUCUGCCGGCGCUGCCACGCAUGCUCCUCGCUGAAGGAUUUCAGCGACUGCUUGAAGGUGUCUAUCCGCAGCGCAAGCUACGCGAAUUGUUUGAAGAAGCUGAAAUAGAGGUUCGAAAGAUCUUGUAUGACCUAGAUUUUGACGUUACUGGAAGACGUGGCGUGUACAAGAACCAAUCCUCCACUGCCAGCUCAGAUGAACUCAUGGCAUACAAUGCUGUGCAAAGAGAUCCUUUGACGCGGCUGCUUGCCUUUGAGUUACGUGCCGUGUGUGAGUACUACUCCAAGCUCUUGGCUAUAUCGAGCCAGCCGGAGGUCGGAGCUGCGGUAAUGGUGCGCACGAUGAUUGCCUCGGAUUUACGCACGGAUCGCUUGCUCACUGACGUUGUCCUGGCCUUCGACCAGCACCCAAGAGACAAGUACACUGGGAGACCUCUUGAACCGGUGCCGCCAGCGGUCGUGGGAUUCGUGAAGGAGUGCUUAUUGUUUGAGCGUGACGCCUUUGGGAAGUUUCGCUUUGACGCCCGAGGUGAUAACCGACACCUGCUGCAUAAUAUCAAACUGGCUGAUGUUACCAAGACACAAGAAUCGUUUAGUCUCUUGCUGGACCCUGUUCUAAAGCAGAACGGAAACUUCUUGCUAAGGAAUUUGCCUGUCUACAAUGGGCGAUGGACUCGAUACGAGCUCUCGUGUGGUGAGGAAGAUCCCCGCAUUGAUGCAUCUCUGCCGGUGGUUGAGACGCUAAGUGUUCAAGAUGAUGUGUCUGGGAAGCCUUUCUCGGUUGUAGUACAGUACACAGAGCCAGUGUGCCGUCGCCACAAGACUAACGCUCGAGAAAGCAAAGCGAACCUCGACCAUGUAGAGAUUUUUGAAAUUGCAAACGAGAACCGCAACCGUACUUUCUGGGAGAAAUACUUUAUGGACCGCUGA